AGCAGCCCUUUCAUCGCUGCUGUGCUGUGCGUUGUCUGUUUCAGCAAACAACAACAUCAACGACCCACGGCGAAGAAGCGCGUGUUUCUUUUACCCUUUUCUUUGUAAAUAUUUCUAGUAGAGCAUCAUUAUCAUCAUCAAAAAAAAAAGGAGACAUAAACGCACACGCCCACACACACUAUAAUUAACGCUUAUGACCCAAUCAGCAACGUUACAUAGCGCCCCAGACAGCAGCCGCCGUCAACGCCCGCACAUGUCACUGCGGGUUCGGCACGUGGCCGAAGGCGUCGUGUACCAUCUCACGUUUGAAGGCGACGUCCAGCGACUCUCCGGCGGCCAGCUGCGGCGCCACCUAGCGCAGAUCUGUCACAUCCCACCCACUGAGCAGCAGCUCUCGGUGCGCGGGGCGGCAUUUCCGCCGCAGGCGCUCGGUUCCUCGCUGGGGCUGCGGCAGGAGGACACAGUAGACCUCGUACGGACGAGCCGCCCCAACGGUGGUGACGGUGCUGACCCUUCUCCCCCGCUUUCGAAGCAACGGCGCGGGCAGUCCGCCGCUACCGUCUCCUCGCUGCGGCCUUCCACGAAUGCCGGGACGAUGUCCCCCGAGGCCCCAUACAACGUCUACAACGGCACAGGAGGGACUGCACCGCAGCCACCGCACAAAUAUUCUUCUUCAUUCCCGUCCACUCGACAACCUGAUGACAUUGCCGAUCACGCUACUUCCUCUGUGGGCUCCACGGCGACCUCCAACACCCGCAUGGCACCUUCUCCUGAGCGUUUAAUCGAGGGUGCAACGCCGCCGCUGUCUCAGCACUACCCACCACAGCCGCAGCCGCAGCAGCAACGGCAUCGUCAUCGUGACAGCACGCAGGAUGACAGCCAAUUUCCUCUGUGGACCUCCGCCACCUCCCUCUCCUCACUUCCACCUCGGCGCCGCGAUGAGGGAGAAGGUGCGAGCCCGCAACCACACGUGCCCUUGAAAGGAACGACAACACGGUCUUCGCAGCCGCCAUACUCUCCUGCGCAGCCAGGCGCAGACCGGUCACACCUCGACACCAGCACCCAUCACCGCAGCAGCAGCUACCACAGACCCUCCUACGAAGUCCCCUCUCCGUACGAGCAGCAGCGACGACGGCAACAGCAGCCCCCAUCGCAGCAGCUGCAGCAUCCGCAGCAGCGGGGAGAAGAGUAUUACCCGCAAGCGGAGCAAAUGCCGGCGGACUCCUCAGCAAACUACCCCUCUAAACAACCACCGCAGUGCGGUGCGCGAAAUGGAUUGAACCAAUCGAGGAUGGACCCUGUGGGUAGUGGCAGCGGAAGUGCCGGCCGACCGCGCCGCUCCUCCCCUCCUUCUUCCCUGCCACCACCACCGCCGUCGUCAUUUGAGCGUGAUGGCGACGUUACGCAACACCGCAGUGUUGUCCCGGCAUCCCCUGCUUCGCCGGCGGCCCGUUGCGUUCCUGUCCGCGCUGACGACCUAGAGACGCUGCUGGAUGAGCAGGAGUACAUCUGGCAGAUGGAGGACUACCGCUUCCGCACGGAGCGGCUGAACCGGCUCACCGCGCUGCAGAACCGUCGCCGCGAUCUCACUUUCGAGGCCGCGCGCUGCGAUGAGGCCCUUGCGGAGGUGUCCAGCCAACUGCAGCGGGAGCGGCGGAAGCUGACGGAGCUGCAGGACGCGAUGUCUCUUCACACCGCGUCGCUGAACCGCUUUGGCACGCGCAACGAAGAGGGCCUCGCGCGCGCGAGUGUGGACGACGUGGAGGACGAUAACGCAGCUGAAGUGGUGGAGGUGGACGUUUGA